AUGAUGCACGACCUCCCCACGCCCGCGCCUUCGUCGGACCCUCCGAUGCCCGGAUCGUCUCCGAUCAAGGCAUUCAAAGGCGACAAGGCGCACAACUCUGCAAAUGCGCGACCUUUCACACCGCUCGACAUUAACAUCAUCGGAUCCAAGGUCAGAGCCUUUCACGACGCGAGGGAACUGGCUGGAGCUACGCCUCCUCCUUCGUCGCCUCCUGCCUCUUCUGUCUUUCACCCUUCCCCAAUCGCGUCGUCCCGUCAGCAACCGCUCGGCCUCUCGCCCGUCAAGCAGCAGCGUUUCUUUCCAGCCUCGACUACACCCGUACGCAGCAUCGUUUUAGAGCAGAGCCAGACCAGUCUCGACCUUGCAGCAACGCCGAAGAGUGGCGAUGCACAAGCUCUAGGGCUUGUCCCAAACCCGGAGCUUGCGUCCAACGCCGAAGCAGUGCCCAAACUGCUCUUCGGCAGCAAGAGCGUCAGCUUGGUCAUCGGCCGCUCCAAGCCUUCCGGCCAGCCUCAUGCUUCGUGUGCAUCGACAGCCGCCGACAUCCCUGCCUCUAUGCAGGGCUUGGGAUCCAAGACGAUCCUACGCGUCAACCUGCCCAACGAGGCGCGCCACGUCUCGCGCGUCCACGCCAUCGUCGAAUGGAUCCCCUUCGUGACGCGUCCCGUUCCCAGCAACAAGGCUGGCAUGUCGAGCUUCACCGCUAAAGGCUCGCCAGUUGCUGCCAAGCUCGCAAGUCAGAACGAGGCAGAGCCUAAGAAGACGAACGGCACGUUUAUCGUUCGCGUCGUCGGCCAGAACGGACUUAUUAUCGAUGGCAAGCGCCGUCGCGAGGGUCAAGUGUUGCGGCUCGCUUCCGGAAAGACGCUGAUCGACUUUUUCGGCGUCCAGUGCCGUUUCCAGCACGCUGCCUCGAGCUCGGAACCGCAGCCUUCUCCCAUCAAGUCUAUGCAGUCUCGCGUCCAGGAGUGGACACAGAGGGUCACAUCGCCCAUCAAGAAAGCGACGCAUGCGUCCAUCGAUCGAUCAGAGGUAGAAGCACACGCCGUCACAAGCUCGCCGCCCGCUAGCUCGCCGCCUCCCAUGCUGGGCCUCCUCUCGCCAAGGAAGCGUGCAGCUGCAUCCAACAAGGCGCCGCAGCCACAGGUGGACGAAGAGGCGGAGGACGAUAUCACGAGCUCCCCGACUCCAGUCAACCGUCGCAGCGGUGGUCUCGUUGCUGGCCCACUCAACAUCCAACAAGUCCGAGCGGGCGACAGUGAUCAAGAAGCAGGUGGCAACGGGCUCGGUGGCAUGGACGAUGAUGACGAAGAAGACGACGAGAGUGACGACGAAGACUACGUUCCUGCGGAUAAUCGCUCUCCUCAGAUGGCCUUGCUGGUGACUCGCAAGCCUGUUGCUGCUCUUGUCGCCGAUGAUGUAGACGACAGCAGCUCGCUUUCGGAUUUCGACACUGGUAUUGUGGACCAGCAGAUUGGCGACUCCGCUCUUGCCACGCAGCCAGCAAGAUCAGCAGCAGCAAUCUCAUCGUCCCCAGCUCCGCGAGCACGCACUACGUCGGCCGAUAGUAACGGAAGAAGUCGCGAAUCGUCGGCUAGGCCGAUUACGGCAGAUGCUCUGACUGAGUCGCAGACGAGAAUGCCUCCUCCCGCUGCAGCCAUUGCUAGCGUCCGCAGCGCCGCACGAAGGUCGGCGAGCAACAGCCCUGCGCCGUCCUCCCCCAUGCUCGGCUCGUCGGUGCAAGAGCUGCAAUCGCUGGCUCGCACCUGCGUUCGACAGCUUGCCUCCACCUACGAUUUGCCCGGUCUUCUCGCCGGUGCCGUCGUAUUCCACCGCACCGCCACCAUCAGUGCCUCGGAGGCGGUCCGAUCCGUGCUAGCCACGACCCCGGGCUUGAUGAAGGGCGAAGCUGGCGAGCACUCGGUCGCCUUCAGCCCUUCCAAGAGGAAGCUGCCCGGUGCCGCCACUCUGAAGCAUGGCUGUGUGGUCGACGGAUGGCCCACGAGUUCCGAGUCAAAUGAGCGAUGGGCUUCGAUCGCUAGGAAGGCGUGGAGGGAGCAUCUCGAGGUGGUGCUGCAGUCGUCGCCCAUGUUCGGCGUCAUCCAGCGAGCGGGCAAAGAUGCGUCGGGCAACCCGCUCGAGUGCUGGUACUACUACGACAAGGAGAACGACCCGGACAAGGAGCGAGCCGAGAACCUGGGCGUGUUUGCCAAACCCAUGCGAAAGGCGCUCAAGGGUCAAAAGCCCAUCUUUUGGAAACGCAGCGGCUACGCUUCACGCCAGCAAGAAGACACGCUCGAGACCAAGAGCUCCGUGCAGGACGCCUCGUCCGAGGUGGUUUCCUCCUCUUCUUUGUCGCGCAAGGUGGAUGCCGAAGUCAGGACAAGGAUGCUGGCGCCACCUCUGGUGCACUGA